AUGGCACCUCAAAAAUCUGUCACCGAAGUUCCGCGUUCCAUCCUUCCUCGCCUGACGUGGAACGGCUCCUCUACUCGAACCAGCCUCUCAGCUUCUCACUCUACCCCUCUUUCAACAGGGCAGCGACAAAAGCAACAGCGGACACAAAUUCGGAAGACUUGGCCAUGGCAGCCACAAACACCGCUGCUGUCAGCCCACUGCUCUGCGGCGUUUUCUACAUCAUCCCCAGAUACUAGCAUAUCGCCCUCGAUUGCACGACGCUUUCCCCGCUCAGCGAUUAACGCCACUAACAGUCAAACCACGAAGCCUCUGAGUAACCCAGUCCGCUAUAACGGUGUUUAUGUGGCUACAUUCCAGCCCGCUCGCCGCGCCUUUCACGCUUCUACCCCGCGCCAGCGAGACCAUCAUUUUGAUACAUUGAAGUUUGUUCAGCGACUGAAGAACGAGGGAUUUAGUGAGGAGCAGGCCGUCGCGAUGAUGAGGGUUCUCAAUGAUGUUAUUCAAGAGUCGAUUCAGAAUCUUACUCGGACAAUGGUUUUGAGGGAAGAUACUGAGAGAUCUACUUAUACUCAGAAAGUGGAUUUUGCGAAACUCCGCUCGGAACUCCUCAAUACCGACUCCACAGAGGCACAGCUCACCCGCUCAUCGCAUGAGAAGAUUGCUGCCGACCUUGCGAAACUCAACUCGCGCCUUCGAGAUGAAAUUGGGCGCACCCAAGCGUCCGUCCGUUUAGACCUUAACCUCGAGAAGGGCCGCAUUCGGGAAGAAGCAAACAGCCAGGAAAUGCGCAUCAAAGAGACCGAAACAAGAAUCGAGCAAGAAGUUGCAGGACUGAGGGAGCGUGUGGAGGCCGUCAAGUUCUCCACCUUGCAGUGGCUAAUGGGUGUUUGCACUGGUACUGCCGCUCUGAUUCUUGGUGCCUGGCGUCUUCUGAUGUAA